AUGGCAGAUUUAUUAAGUGCAAUUGGUGAUAUUGUUUCAGCUGGUGUUGAUAUAGCAAGUAAAGGUGAAAAUGUUUUUGCUACAGUUACUUCAGAUGCUGCUGGUGUUUUCCAUACUGCUACUUCGGGAGUUGUUAUUGAAUUCAAAUCAAUUACUUCACAAGGUGGUGAAGGCUUUGCAAUUAUUACUUCAAGAGCUGAUGGUGUAAUUUCUACAAUUACUCAAGGUGCUUUAAGUGAAUUAUCAAUUCAAUCAGAUGAAGUUGCAAGUUUUAGAAGUUCAAUUAGUGAUGCUGAACAAACUGCAUCAAGUGGAACAGAAACUGAAAGUACUGGAUCUGCUUCAAGUGGUGCUAGCAUUGGUGCUGGUGCUGGUGCAGUUAGUGGAAGUUCAAGUACUGAAUCAAAUUCAUCUAAUUCAGAUGAUUCAUCCUCAUCAAGAUCAAGUAAUGAAUCAUCUUCAACAUCUGAUGCAUCAUCAUCAUCAUCAUCAAGAUCAAGUGAUGCAUCAUCUUCAGAAAGAUCAUCAUCAUCAUCUACUUCCUCAGGAUCAAGUUCUUCAUCAACUUCAACUGGUGGAUCAAGUUCAGGUGUUGUAAAAUUAGAUUCAUCGAAUUGGAAAAAAUCAAUGUUAUUCGGUUUAAUUGGUGGUUCAUUAUUAUUAACUUUUCUUUAG